AUGCCUUCUCCUAAUCUCUGCUUUCCCUUCCUCUUCCUCCUGCUCACCGCCACCAUCUCAACCAAGGUCCAAGCUCUAGGCGUGAGCUGGGGCACGACGGCCUCCCACCCGCUGCCGCCGCGCAAGGUAGUGGAGCUCUUGAAGUCCAACAACAUUACCAAAGUCAGGCUGUUCGAUUCCGACCCGCUAGUCCUCGAAGCUCUUUCCGGCUCCAACAUUGGCGUCACCGUCGGCAUUCCCAAUUCCAUGCUCAAGACCCUCAACUCCUCCAAGAAAGCAGCCGAGAGCUGGGUCCACGACAAUGUCACCCGAUUCUUCUCCACCGCCCGCACUGGAGCCCGAAUUGAGAAUGUUGCUGUGGGAGAUGAGCCAUUUCACCAGAUGUAUGGUGAGCAGUUCCAUUCAGUUGUCAUUGGCGCAGUCAUCAAUGUGCAAUCAGCUUUAGCGAAAGCGAGCCUGGGGAGUGAAAUAAAAGUGGUGGUUCCUCUCAGUUCAGAUUCCAUUCAGUCAGAAUCAGGUCUACCAUCCAAGGCACACUUCAGGCCUGACCUCAACAAGACAAUGCUCGAGCUCCUCACAUUCCUCGACAAGCAUCAUUCGCCCUUCUUCGUAACCAUCUCUCCCUUUCUCAGCUUCCUGCAAGAUAAGAACGUCUCCCUCGACUUUGCACUGUUCAAAGAGACUGCACGCCCUCGUAAUGAUACCCACAGCAGAACAUACAGAAACAGCUUCGAUUUGACCCAUGACAAUGCAGUUGCUGCACUAUCUGCUGCUGGGUUUCCCGGUAUGCCCAUUGUUGUCGCGAGAGUGGGCUGGCCCACUGAUGGAGCAGCUAAUGCUUCCUCACAAACUGCGGAGAUAUUCAUGAAAGCGCUGAUGCAACGUCUUCAUGCCAAGUCAGGGACAGCACUUAGGCCUCAGAAUCCGCCAUCAGAGAUUUUUAUAUUCAGCCUUUUCGAUGAGAACCAGAGGAGCAUAGCAAGUGGGGGAUUUGAGAGGCACUGGGGAGUGUUCACAUUUGAUGGGCAGGCGAAAUAUCGGAUUGACUUUGGGCAGGGGAGUAGCAAGGACCUGGUGAAUGCACAAGAAGUUGUUUAUCUGCCUUCCAAAUGGUGUGUUGUGGAUAAUAAUAAGGACGUCUCUAAUGCAAGUGCCCGUGUUUUGGAUGCAUGCUCUGCUGCGGAUUGCUCAGCCCUUUCGCCCGGUGGGUCGUGCUCCAACCUCAGCUGGCCAGGGAAUACAUCUUAUGCAUUCAACAGUUACUAUCAACAGCAUGAUCAGGCGCGAGAUAGCUGUGAUUUUGGAGGGUUAGGAUUGAUCACGACUGUUGAUCCGUCCAUUGGUAGUUGCCGGUUCUGGAUUGAGCUUGAUACUUCUGAAGCUGGUUCCCAUAGCAGGGUCUGCCUUUUCUGGUUGUUGAUCUUAUUAAUAACCGUGCUUGUAUAG